AGACGACCUCACGGACUCUAAACUGUCCAGAGAUCGGACUCUACACUCACGGACUCUACACUGUCCCAAGACACCCCACGGACUCUCCAGAGACGACCCCACGGACUCUACACUGUUCAGAGACGACCUCACGAACUCAACACUGUCCAGAGACGACCUCACGGACUCUACACUGUCCAGAGACGACCCCACGGACUCUACACUGUUCAGAGACGACCUCACGAACUCAACACUGUUCAGAGACGACCUCACGGACUCUACACUGUCCAGAGACGACCUCACGGACUCUACACUGUUCAGAGACGACCUCACGGACUCUAUACUGUCCAGAGACGACCUCACGGACUCUACACUGUUCAGAGACGACCUCACGGACUCUACACUGUUCAGAGACGACCUCACGGACUCUAUACUGUCCAGAGACGACCUCACGGACUCUACACUGUUCAGAGACGACCUCACGGACUCUACACUGUUCAGAGACGACCUCACGAACUCUACACUGUUCAGAGACGACCUCACGGACUCUACACUGUUCAGAGACGACCUCACGGACUCUACACUGUUCAGAGACGACCUCACGGACUCUACACUGUUCAGAGACGACCUCACGGACUCUAUACUGUCCAGAGACGACCUCACGGACUCUACACUGUCCAGGGACGACCCCACGGACUCUACACUAGACGACCUCACGGACUCUACACUGUCCAGAGACGACCUCACGGACUCUACACUGUCCAGAGACAACCUCACGGACUCUACACUGUCCAGAGACGACCUCACGGACUCUACACUGUCCAGAGACAACCUCACGGACUCUACACUGUCCAGAGACAACCUCACGGACUCUACACUGUCCAGAGACGACCUCACGGACUCUACACUGUCCAGAGACGACCUCACGGACUCUACACUGUCCAGAGACAACCUCACGGACUCUACACUGUCCAGGGACGACCUCACGGACUCUACACUGUCCAGGGACGACCUCACGGACUCUACACUGUUCAGAGACGACCUCUCCGACUCUACACAGUCCAGAUACGACCUCACGGACUCUACACAGUCCAGAUACGACCUCACGGACUCUACACUGUCCAGGGACGACCUCACGGACUCUACACAAUCCUCUGCUGGCUCUGUCGUCCUUCUGACUGUCUUUAGAUUUGGAGUGCAAUAUGAGUUCUAUUAUUUUUAUUAUCCCAGGUGGUUAAUUAGCCCUCCUGGUACGACCAGGAACUGUACUAGUGACCUUAACCUCCUGGUACGACCAGGAGCUGUACUAGUGACCUUAACCUCCUGGUACGACCAGGAGCUGUACUAG